GGGACAUUUAGAGGGGAAUGGAAGGAGAGAUCUCAAGUCAGUCUGUAGCCAUGUUUGGAAGAGUAUCUGCUGUUUUAUUGCUUCUCGCCGUCUCAGCACAUGCUGGAUUCUUUGAUGAUGUUCAAGGAGUCACAUCUGAUGUCGGAAACUUCUUUUCAAAUCAAUUCCAGAAUGCGAAGGAUUUGUUCUCAAAUGAUCAAAAUGAAUUAGAGAAGAAUGUUCAAAGAGUCAAGGAUUUAUUGACUGGAUUAAAAGAAAAAGUGAAGGGAUUGGAACCAUUGGCAAAUGAUGCACAGAAGGAAACAUUGAAGAAGGUUGAUGGAUUCCUUGCUGAAGUAUCAAGCUUCCAGUCAGAGGUCAAGGAAGAGGGAUCCGCCAAAUUCGAAGAGAAUAAGGUUAAAUGGCAAAAUAUGGUCACGGAAAUGUUCGACAAGAGUGGUCUUAACAAUGUGCUCAAGCUCGUCGGAAUGCAGAAUUCUGCUCCAAGCGCAUUCAUUUCAGCCGCUUUUGCUCCAAUCUUCUAUAUGAUCUUUGUACGUUAAAUGUUUGACUUUUACGAACUUUUUUCUUUUUCCCACUUUCAAAUUCUCCAAUCGAGUUUUCUCAUUUUUUGUAUUUUGCCUUGCUUCGCCUCAAUCCUCAUACUUUUAGCCUAAAAUGUAUCUCUUUUUUGUAAGUAAAUAAAUAAAUCAAAUAAACACGUCGCUCUAUUC